AAAAGACGAGAAUAGAAGAGAAAUGUCUAGUAACUUCUUCUCUUCCCCAGAAACAUCCAGACGCAUCUUCUUCGUUAACAAAUACUCCUUCUUCCUCACUGCUCUUCACCGAUUCAGAGAAUUUUCAUUCUUAUUACACAGCGCUAACUCAAAUCACAAACAAAACCAAUUCCAUUUUCACAUUCUCGUAUCAUCGUUCACUCACUUGCUUUCGCGAAUUUCCGUUUCUCUCACAAACAACUCAAAAACCUUCAUCUUCUGUAUAAUCAAAGGUAAAUGAAUCCUGAAAAGUUUACUCACAAGACAAACGAAGUACUUGCUGGUGCACAUGAACUAGCAUCAACAUCAGGACAUGCUCAAUUCACUCCAUUACACCUUGCAUCUGUUCUAAUUUCUGAACCCAAUGGUAUAUUCUACCAAGCAAUUUCAAAUGUUGGUGGUGGUGAAGAAUCGGCUCGUGCUGUUGAAAGAGUUUUGAAACAAGCAUUGAAGAAAUUACCAACCCAAUCACCUCCAUCAGAUGAAGUACCUGGAAGCACUUCUCUUAUUAAAGUGAUUAGAAGAGCACAAGCUGCUCAGAAAUCACGUGGUGAUACUCAUUUAGCUAUUGAUCAAUUGAUAUUGGGAAUUCUUGAGGAUUCUCAAAUUGGUGAUUUGUUUAAAGAAGCUGGUGUUUCUGCUUCUAGAGUUAAAUCAGAAGUUGAAAAGCUUCGUGGUAAAGAUGGGAAAAAAGUUGAAAGUGCUUCUGGUGAUGCUAAUUUUCAAGCUUUGAAAACUUAUGGUAGAGAUUUGGUUGAACAAGCGGGGAAGCUUGAUCCUGUUAUUGGCCGCGAUGAAGAGAUAAGAAGAGUUGUUAGGAUUUUGUCAAGAAGGACUAAGAACAAUCCUGUUCUUAUUGGUGAACCAGGUGUUGGUAAAACUGCUGUUGUUGAAGGGUUGGCUCAGAGGAUUGUUAGAGGUGAUGUUCCUAGUAAUCUUGCUGAUGUUAGGUUGAUUGCUUUGGAUAUGGGUGCAUUGGUGGCUGGUGCUAAGUAUAGGGGAGAAUUUGAAGAAAGGUUGAAGGCUGUUUUGAAAGAAGUUGAAGAAGCUGAAGGGAAAGUUAUUCUUUUCAUUGAUGAAAUUCAUCUUGUUCUUGGUGCUGGUAGAACUGAAGGAUCAAUGGAUGCUGCUAAUCUUUUCAAACCUAUGCUUGCUCGUGGACAACUUAGAUGUAUUGGUGCUACAACACUCGAGGAAUAUAGAAAGUAUGUUGAAAAGGAUGCUGCAUUUGAAAGGAGGUUUCAACAGGUUUAUGUGGCUGAACCUAGUGUCCCUGAUACUAUAAGUAUCCUUCGUGGAUUAAAAGAGAGAUAUGAGGGUCAUCAUGGUGUUAGGAUUCAAGAUCGCGCUAUUGUUGUUGCAGCUCAAUUGUCUAGUCGUUACAUAACUGGGCGUCAUCUUCCUGAUAAGGCAAUUGAUUUAGUUGAUGAAGCAUGUGCAAAUGUGAGAGUUCAACUUGAUAGUCAGCCUGAAGAAAUUGACAAUCUUGAAAGGAAGAGAAUGCAACUAGAAGUGGAGCUUCAUGCUUUAGAGAAAGAGAAGGACAAAGCUAGCAAAGCUCGUCUUGUAGAUGUGCGGAAAGAGCUUGAUGACUUGAGAGACAAGCUUCAACCUCUGAAGAUGAAGUAUAGUAAAGAGAAAGAGAGGAUUGAUGAGAUUCGGAGGCUGAAGCAGAAACGUGAAGAGCUCCUGUUUGCACUACAAGAGGCUGAGAGGCGGUAUGAUCUAGCCAGAGCUGCAGACCUAAGAUAUGGUGCAAUUGAAGAGGUGGAAACUGCUAUUAAAAACCUUGAAGGUAGCACUGAUGGGAACACCGAUGAGAACUUAAUGUUGACAGAAACAGUUGGACCAGACCAAAUAGCUGAGGUUGUUAGCCGAUGGACUGGUAUUCCGGUGACUCGGCUAGGCCAAAAUGAAAAAGAAAGGUUGGUUGGACUUGGUGACAGAUUGCAUACUAGAGUUGUUGGACAAGACCAAGCAGUUAAUGCUGUUGCUGAGGCUGUAUUGAGAUCAAGAGCUGGUUUAGGAAGACCUCAACAACCAACUGGCUCCUUCCUAUUCCUUGGUCCAACUGGUGUUGGUAAAACUGAACUUGCAAAGGCUCUUGCAGAACAACUUUUUGAUGAUGAAAAUCAGUUGGUGAGAAUCGACAUGUCGGAAUACAUGGAACAACAUUCUGUAUCAAGAUUGAUUGGUGCACCACCAGGUUAUGUUGGACAUGAAGAAGGUGGUCAAUUAACUGAAGCUGUAAGGAGAAGGCCAUACAGUGUGGUGCUAUUUGAUGAAGUGGAGAAAGCACAUACAUCUGUAUUCAACACUCUUCUUCAAGUCUUAGAUGAUGGAAGGCUAACUGAUGGACAAGGCAGAACUGUGGAUUUUAGAAACACUGUGAUUAUUAUGACCUCAAACCUUGGUGCUGAGCAUCUCCUAAGUGGACUAUCAGGAAAAUGUACCAUGCAAGCUGCUCGUGAUCGAGUAAUGCAGGAAGUAAGAAGACAUUUCAGGCCAGAAUUAUUGAACCGGUUGGACGAAGUUGUUGUAUUCGACCCUCUUUCACAUGAACAAUUGAGGAAGGUUGCAAGGUUGCAAAUGAAGGAUGUAGCGAGCCGUCUUGCUGAAAAAGGAAUUGCAUUGGCAGUGACAGAUGCUGCACUAGAUUAUAUUCUUGCUGAGAGCUAUGAUCCAGUGUAUGGUGCUAGACCAAUUAGAAGGUGGCUAGAGAGGAAGGUGGUAACUGAGUUGUCUAGGAUGCUUAUAAGGGAAGAAAUUGAUGAGAAUACAACAGUUUUCAUUGAUGCUGGUCCUAAGGGGAGUGACUUGUCAUACCGUGUAGAAAAGAAUGGAGGGAUUGUUAAUGCUGAAACUGGAAUAAAGUCAGAUAUCUUGAUUCAAAUACCAAAUGGACCAAAAAGUGAUGCUGUCCAGGCUGUCAAGAAAAUGAGAAUCGAGGAAGUUGAUGAUGAUGAAAUGGAAGAGUGAAUUUAGUGUAACUGUAAUAAUGAUGUUUUUUGUGUGGAUAUAGUUUAAGUUUGUGUUCUUGAACUUCUGAUCUUGUCUAUUUUAUUUGGUGUUGCUGAAGGAUGAAAGUCAAGUCCUUGUAAGUUGUAAUAUCAUCUUUUUUUGUCAUCAAUAAAUAAUUCUGUUAUUUAA